CAGAAUUACUCAGUGUGAACGCUCUCUUCGUCAGGUUAGGGUGGUGUUGUUAGUGUGUCUUCUGAAUUCGUUCGUGUAUAUAUAUUUGAACUCUAUGGAAACAUUCGAAAACUGUGUGUGCUAUUAAAAACUCGUGUGUUUUGUGACUGAUGGGGAUAAAGGAAAACAAGGCUUGCCACUGCAAAGCUGAGGAACAGAAAGGAGAUAGUAUUUUGUCGCCGCUCAAAAGCAAAAUGAAGGUUUUGAAGAAAAUCAAACGUCGUAUGGGAUUAGCCUCUCGUUCGUCUUCGAAUGGUGGUGGUACCAAUAAUCUGCCUCCUCUGUUGUUUCACAAUAUACAUGGUGAAAACAUAAGGAUCUCAAGAGAUGGAACCGUUGCUAAGAGAGUGGAAAGCUUUUGCAAAGGAAUUGCGUUCAGUUCUAGGCCCGUCAAAGUCAAUGAAAAGGUGUGCAUAAAAUUCUUGGAGAUUUCCAACAAUUGGUCGGGAGUCAUCAGAUUUGGCUUCACCUACAAUGAUCCAACUAGUCUUCGAUAUGGGUUACCGAAAUAUGCUUGUCCAGAUCUCACCAAUAAGCCCGGUUAUUGGGCUAAAGCUCUUCCAGAGCGGUUCUGCAGCCAAGGAACCAUACUAUUCUAUUACGUUACUUCGGCUGGAGACGUCCAUUUCGGCAUCAAUGGUGAAGAAAAAGGGAUAUUUUUCAGCAGUGUAGAAACAAGAGGACCCUUGUGGUGUCUGAUUGACGUCUACGGCAAUUCAACCGCUAUCGAGUUUGUCGAUAUCAGGCAUCAGCUGAAUAACUCUUCAAGGUACAGUGGGACAACCAAUUGCGAAAAUGUUCCAAGAGAUGAUCCUGUUGAGAGAAUAACGUACCCCAUGCAGCAGAUGGCAAUUCAAACCAAUGAGGAAAUGUCUCUACCUUUACUUCGUUACCAACCACCUCAACUCAAUUACCAGGCAAUGCCACUGCACAGAACCAGAGGAAAAAAUGUUAGAUUCAUGAGCAACAAUCGUAGUGUGGCUUUCCGAAACGAUACUGAGUUUUGCCAGGGUUACGUUUUCACAUCCAGGCCGUUGCAGAUAGGAGAAAGGAUUGUCGUACAACUUUUGGGUACAGAACCCAUGUUCCAGGGGUGCUUAGGUUUAGGUUUGACGUCUUGUGACCCCGCAACACUAACCCCAGCCGAUUUACCUGAUGAUUCCAAUUUCCUUCUCGAUCGGCCGGAGUAUUGGGUAUUGAGCAGAGAUUUUGCGAGGAACUUGAAUAAGGGAGACGAAAUCAGCUUUUUCAUUUCCCAGAAUGGCGAAGUAAAAAUCAGCCGGAAUGGUGGAGCGCCUCUAGUUGUCAUUCACGUGGAUCAGUCAUUGAGGUUGUGGGCAUUUUUCGACAUAUAUGGCUCUACACAACGGAUUCGAGUUGUGAGCAGCCCUAGUCUCAUGUCCCCUUCUAGAAAUCCAGAAAGACGAAUAAUCACUCCCACAACAACAGAAUCUAUGAACAGUAUUAACAGUCAAUCGGAAAUACGUAGGAACUCUGCAAUGCAACAGUCGAAUUCACGGUUAUGUUGUGUUGCACCUGCCGAUAUCCAAGUACAACCCAGCGCCAAUGGAGGAACCGUUCUCUCCGUCAUUCUUCCUCCUACUCACUCAAAUAUUAUCAACACAGCAGCACCCGUAGUACAAGGUAAUCUUCAUCAGCACCACGCCUCGCAGACUUCCGUCAACAGUCAUCCUAGUCAACAUGUCAGUUAUCCAGGUCAUUCGAACCAUCCAUCACCAGUCACUCCAGUAGCUGCUAAUGUUAUGGCUCCGGUACCAUCCUCCAGCAUACCAACUGGAACAAUGAUCUCAACCUGUAGCAGUAAUUAUGUAGAGCCCAUCUCGGAUUCGAGCAGCUACUCGACCCCGUUGUCUUGGGCCGAACAGAACGGGGCCAUACUGGGAGCAGGAGCAGAAUGCACAAUCUGCUAUGAACACCCAAUUGAUGCAGUGUUAUAUAUGUGCGGUCAUAUGUGUAUGUGUUAUGAAUGCGCCCUGCAGCAAUGGCGAGGCAAGGGAGGUGGUCAUUGCCCUUUGUGUAGGGCAGUUAUAAGGGACGUUAUUCGCACUUAUAAAUCGUAGUAAUUUUUCCUUUCCUUCCCUUUGUAAAAUUUUGUUGCAUUAGAUUUUGAACACUUCAAAAAUCAAGUUUCCACUUGGAUGUACAACUUAGAAAUGAGUUGUAUUUUUUCAGAUCUUGUGUCUUGAUUAAAAGUGGUUGUUGAAUGUAAAACUUGUCCGGGUAUGAAUGGCAAGGUUGUCUAAAUGUGUCUCAAGUUGUCGUGUGCUUCCAAAAUAAAACUACGAACUUUACUGCCUAGAGCAAGGAAUUUUAAGGUAUAUUCAAAGAAUAAUUUUCGAUACAACAUUUCUGUUUAGAUUAAAAAACUUCUCAUCAUUCUUUCUGACUAUCGAAUAAUUAAUGAGUGAUUUUUGUAAUAUUUUUGGAGUAUUUUCUCCUUCCACAGAUGGAAGAAAAUAAUAAUUUCAACCUGUAGUUCACUCGAUAAGUUACUAUGAAAACAGAAAAAUACUGUUGCAAACAAAAAAAAUGUCCCAUUUAUCAACAACUGCUCCUGACUGUCAAAAAGGAAGUUAAUCACUUCUUGUUUCAACAUUUCUGAGACAAGAAUCUGUCUAUGUCAUAAAACAUAUAUGUUGAAUUCGUUGUUGUAACGGAGACCAAGUUAACGAAGGCUGAGACAGAAAUACGCAGGUUGACUUCUCAAAAACGGGGAUCAACCAGUCAGAAAAUUGUCGUAUUUAUAAAUUUUGUCUACAAAUAAAAUGAAGGAUUGGAAUGUUUUCAAAUACCUAACUUUCUUGAAAUGGCUAACGUUGGAAAAUAAUUCCUGUCCAUUCUCAAAACUUACUAAAAUAUUGUGGGAAAAUAUGUAUAUUUACUUUCUCAAAUCUUUGCGAUUUUAAGAUAGAAAAGUAUAAAAAAGGGUCCAAUAAUUUAUUUCAAUUAUAGCCAAAAUUUAUGAAUAUAACAAGUUGAAGACUAAUUAGACUCCACAAAAGAUUUUCAACACGAAAUGGCAGAUGCCUUCGUGAACAAAACUCCGUUGAAAGCAAGAGGCAGGUGUGAAGGUUCAUUCCGUGUGGAAGCCCCGCACUUGCAGGGGAGAGUUUUCCUCACAACCCUGGUUAAAACGUAUGGAAAAAAUCAUUGCAAUUUUCUCAAUUCCUUUGAAAUAUUUAUUUAGCUGGCAUCAACAGAUUCACAAUUUUAAUAUAUUUGUCUGUGGAAGAUGAAAUAUCGAUAAAAGGGCACAGAAACAAUGAAUAUCAGAAAAGACUAAGAUAUAUCUAGGACUGAAAUUGAGAAUUGUUCUUUGAGCUUACCUUGAUUUCAAAAAGACUGAAUAAUUGUUAAUAUGAUGGAGUAUAUUUUUGUCGACUUGUUUGUUUUUCGUUUCUAGACAAAUAAUAUAACCAAAGAGCUGUAUUCCGAAAUCUCCUCGGAGUUUUACAGCAUUCUUUUCGCGACAUGAAAAUUAGUCAUUCUGUCGUGUUCUCCACAAAAAUCAGUGGUUAGUCAAUCUGCGCCUGCGCAGUUUAAACUUAUUUAUUUAUUAUAUAUUUUUAAGAAAAUAUUAUGACUUUAUUUGGAAUGUCUUUGGGUUUAGAGGCAGAAAAUAUUGUAAAUAUAAGGUUAUUGAUUUUGCUAAAAAACCCAAAGAAAACGUUAUCAUUAUAAAAUUGUUACUGUUUAACUAUAUCCUGUUUUGUGUAAAAGGAGUUUCGAGUAAUACAUUCCUAAACUUACUGGCCAGUUGUGGGUUAUACUAAAUGUUACUCGUUUGAUAAAAAACAGUUGAAGUUUAUCAAAACUUCAACUGGUUUUUGAGACGGUGCUUAAUCUUUUGUAUAUUAGAAUUUCUAGUCAUAUAAGAAUGUACUGAUUUAGUUCAAUCACUAUUAUAGCCCAGAAUAAAACUUUAUCCAUUAUGAAAUAA